AUUUUCUCUUCACAAAUGUAAAUAUACUUAAUAUGUGUAUAGGCAGAAUUAUCAUAGAAAUGCAUUAUACGUUUUAUUAUCACUAUUUAUCUUAUUGGAUUAAGUUACGUGUUUUACAAUCAUGACAAGUACUGCUGAUCAUAAAAGCAUUGAAUCCAUUGACAACAAGCUUGACAAUAAAAAAUAAAUGGAUUUUAUCAUCUGGUACAAUUGUAGAAGUACAAAUGAAAUUCUUUUGUUUAAACUGUACUGUUGAGCAUCCCUCUCACAGUUUAAUACUGGAUACAGCAGAUAAAUGCUGGGAAACAGUGUUUAAUGAAAAGGAUUUAAAGGAAAUUAAAACUUACAAUCUGAAACCAUUGGCUUCAUUACCUUCAAAGAUGGAGGAAUGUAUUGAUUCUUUGAAGCACAUUACUGACUUGGACGAACUAUAUAAAACCUUGAAGCAGCAAGAGCUUCAACCUCUGAAAGAAAGCCAGCUGGAAUGGCUUCAAUCCUCUCUCUAUAAUGCUGUCAAACUUUUCAUGUUCAACUAUUUCCCGUUGACAGAUCAAAGUGAGAGUGAUAUAUUGAAACGUUUGGUGGUGUUUUAUUGACACUGCAUUUGAUGAUUCAAAAGUGAUUUGUAGAAGUGGUGAGAAAUCAAGUCUGGCCUCCUCU